AUGGAAAAGGGUUUGGGAAACGUUGUUGAAAAUUCUCCAAGGAAAAGUGGAUUUCGUAUAUUGCGCCUUGGUGAUGCUAAAGUUCGUGUCAGCGAGAGCCGAUUUAUACCUAUGUCAUCAUACAUAAAGCGUCGUUUAACUCAAGAAAAAGGAUUGUUUGCGACACAAAUAUUCUUGGAUGACCUUGCCAAAUUGAAUUUUCAUUUUAGCUAUAUUGGUCUUACUAUUGCUAAAGAAUAUAGUGAUGGCCAAUCGGUUUUUGAUGUUAAGAAUCUAAUAGAUGCUCUAGCCGUUGCUAAUGCUUUAGAAAUGGAGGAAAUGCUAGAAGCAUUAACUGAACAACUUUUAAUAUUAGCUUCAAAUGUCGAUUCAGUGCUUCUUGCCAUCGAUAUCGCAGCUUUAAAUCUUCGCAAUAAAUAUUGCGAGAAAGUUAUUCAAAGUCUCGAACGAGGUGAUUCAAAAUCGGAAACUGCGCUUACAAUUCUUCGAGCGAUUCUAAUGUGGUUAAAAGAUAAAAAACAUGAAAAAGAAAAAAUGUAUCGUAUUAUAAAUGAAAUUUUGCCAUACAGCGAUGAAAAUUUAUGCAAUCAUUUGAAAUUAAUAUUUGAUGCAAAUAUUACAAAUAUGAUCGAUUCACAAAGAAUCUGUGAAACUCAUUCAGCUAGUGAGUCAAUAUACUUUCAUGAGUAUCAGAAAAUGCAAGAAGUAUUAAGCUCAGCAAAAUUAGAAACAGUAGAUCAACCUGUGAAAAAGCUUGAAACAGAGCAAACGGAAAACAUCCAUAAUAUGGAUGACAACUCUUUGGUGAAACAAAAAUCGGAAAAAAGUAAGAAAGAAGAAGAAGUUAAGGAUGCGACAGAAAAUAAUUUGGAUGCUCAAAGCUUUCCGGAAUUUGUGCUAAAUGCUUUGCAAAUUCCGAUUCCAUUACAAAUACCAAUUAUUGAUGAAUAUGGUGUGUACAACUAUAAAAUUGAGAUUGAGCUCGAACGUAAAGAAUCGCAAAUUUCGAAGGCACAAAAAACAAAUUGA